GUACAAUAGACACUUCCUUCCAAGGAGAUGUCGAUUCCAUUCUCCAACACCCAUUACCGAAUUCCACAAGGAUUUGGGAAUCUUCUUGAAGGUCUGACACGCGAGAUUCUGAGAGAGCAACCGGACAAUAUACCAGCUUUUGCAGCAGCGUAUUUUGAGAACCUUCUAGAGAAAAGAGAGAAAACCAACUUUGAUCCAGCAGAAUGGGGUACUAAGGUAGAUGACCACUUCUAUAACAACCAUGCAUUCAAGGAACAAGAACCACCUGAAAAAGAUGUGCCUGAAAAAGAAAAAUCUCAGGAAUCUAUGAAAGAGGAAGAGACACCAACCACAGCCUUAGAUUCUUCUGGGGAAGAUAAGGAAAUGGAGCUUGCUGCUAUCAAAAUACAAACAGUCUUCCGGGGACACUUAGCCAGAGAGGAGGUGAAGAAGAUGAAAUCACCUGAAGAUGAAACAGAAGUAAAAGAGGGAACAGUGUGA